AUGAGUUCUCUUGUUAAUAAGUUGGGCUUCCUUUUCUUGGUAUGGUAUUCUCUGGUUUGUCUCGCUUUUAGUCUACCUGAUGAAUAUCCCAUUUCAAACCUAGAUCUGGAUAAGUUCACUUCCGAGAAAGAAGUUUUCCAGCUACUCCAAAUGUGGAAGACGGAGACUAAGCGAGAUUACCAAACCCUAAAAGAGGAGGCACAAGGGUUUGAGAUCUUCAAGGCCAAUUUGAAGAUUAUUAGAGAGAAAAAUGCAAAACGAAAGUCUCUCUACGACUAUCGUUUGGGUUUGAACAAGUUCUCAGAUAUGAGUUAUGAGGAGUUCAGCAAAAUCUACUUACAUGGGAUGAAGCAAUAUAUAACCGAAGGCAAAAAGGGCCAUGUCGAGUUUAACAGUGGCUCAUGUCCUAAUGCACCUUCUUCAUUAGAUUGGAGGCAAUCUGGAACUGUAACUUACGUGAAAGACCGAGGCUCAUGCGGAAGUUGUUGGGCAUUCUCUGCAAGUGGGGCUAUUGAAGGAAUAACUCAAAUAGUCACACAAUGUCUUCCGAGCCUCUCCGAACAACAACUUGUGUCUUGUGACGGUUGUAGCGGUGGUUGUUCAGGAGGCUUUCAUACAAACGGAUUUCAAUAUGUCAUCGAUAAUGGUGGUAUAGCAACAGAAAGAGAUUACCCUUACGCUGCUAACGAUAGUACCUGUAACAUCACAUUGGCAAAGAAGACAUUUGCAACUAUUGAUGGCUAUUAUUGGGUAACAUCUUUAUCAGAAGACUCACUUUUUUGUGCUGCUGUUAACCAACCUAUUAGUGUCGCCUUAUAUGCAGGCCCAGAAUUUAUGACAUACCAAGGUGGAAUCUAUGAUGGAGCUAAUGAUUGCUCAAGUAUGGAUCCAUGUUAUAUUAAUCACUGUGUGUUAAUUGUGGGAUAUGGUCCAUGGGGUACUGGUCAAGAUUACUGGAUUGUGAAAAAUUCAUGGGGAACCUCUUGGGGACUCGACGGUUAUAUCUUGAGUAAGAGAAACAGUGGUAACGAUUAUGGAGUUUGUAACAUAAAUUGCUAUGGCGCUUACCCGACCAAAAACAGUACAUCAACAACACAUUUGCAGCUUGAUUCCUCUAUGUGA